CAAAACACACGUACAAUGGCCUCUAAGUUUGUCGUCCUUGCCCUCUUGGUGGUUGCCGCCCAAGGCAGCGCCAUCCACGGAGCUAACUACAACAGCUUCUCCUAUGGAGUCUCUGACCCCCACACCGGUGACGUCAAGAGCCAGCACGAGACUCGCGUCGGUGACAACGUGGUCGGCCAAUACUCCCUGCUCGAGUCUGACGGAACCCGGCGGACGGUGGACUACGCUGCUGACGCCCACAACGGCUUCAACGCUGUCGUGCGCAAGGACCCAGCUCUGGUCGCCCACUCUGCCGUGGUAGCCGCUCCCGUUGCCACCGCUCACCUCACCUACUCCGCUCCCGUUGUCGCAAACUCCUACGCGUACGGCGCCAACACCUACGCGUACGGCGCCCACGCCGCUCCCGUGUCUUACGUCCGCGCCGCUCCCGUAGCAUACUCCCACGCCGCUCCCGUCGCGUACUCUGCCCACGCUUCCCCCUUGGCCUACAACUCUUACUCUUACGCCGCAGCUCCCGUUGCCUACAACGCAUACUCCACCCUUGGUCAUGGCUACGGCUAUGGCGCCCAUGGACUCGCCUAUUAGAAUUUUGACCCAAAGAAUGAUAAGAUGGUGCCCAUGGUUACGGAGCCUGGUAAUUAUUAAACCCAUCUGUGAGUUUAGCUAACUAAUUAAACUGUAAUGUUACACAUUGUUGUUCCCACAGAGUCAUUUUUGUAAAUAUGCAGAAUUUAUAAAUAUAAAUAUUUAUACCGAA